AGAGCGAGGACGGCAGGAUGCAGCCGGAGCUCCCGGUCGGCUCCGCAGCUCUGCGCGGCCGCGCGGCCCCGGACAGCCCCUAUCCCGGCCCCUCGCCGCCCGCGGAGGCCACCAAGCCGCCCUACAGCUACAUCGCCCUCAUCACCAUGGCCAUCCAGAGCACUCCGGAGAAACGCAUCACCCUGAGCGGCAUCUACCGUUACAUCAUGGGCCGCUUCACCUUCUAUCGCGACAACAAGCAGGGCUGGCAGAACUCCAUCCGCCACAACCUGUCGCUCAAUGAGUGCUUCGUCAAAGUGCCGCGUGACGACAAGAAGCCGGGCAAGGGCAACUACUGGACUCUGGAUCCCGACUGCCACAACAUGUUUGAGAACGGCAGCUUCCUCCGGCGCCGCCGCCGCUUCACCAGGAAAAGGGCCCUGCGGGAUGGUGAGGGGGAUGAGGGACGCAGGAGGACCCCCAAAACCCGCUCACGGGCCCUGCUGCCGGAGGAGGGGAACGCGGAGGGCGGCUUUGCGGCACCGACAGCAGAGCAGAGGGCAGAGGGUGUUGGGGUGCCGGGCUGUGCCGGGCAGCUCUGUGCUCACCCGCAGCCCAAAGCGCCGUUCUUCACCAAGGAGCAGCUCGGGGUCCCCCCGGAGAGCCGCCCGCCCGCCCCCCCCCCAGCCCAAGCAGACUGCCUUCGGGGGACCCCCGGCUGUGCUGCCGCUGCCCCGGCCAGGUCAGUACCCACCGCCCACAGAGCCCGGCCACCCCGCGCAGCGCUCCCCGGACCCCACCGCAUCCCCCCCGGGUGAUCUGGAGGGCAAAGAGUCGGCAGCCCCCGGCAUGGGGCUGGGCCAACCCUUCGGGCAGGUGCCCCCCGUCUUCCCCAGCACCCUGCUGGGCACGGGCAAGCCCCCCCCGUCUUGCUUCCUCGACGGCGAUGGCUACAAGCAGCCCCCCCUGCCCGUGUUCGGCUCCUUUGGCCGCGGGGGGCCCGAGGCGCUGGGGGGCAGCUACCAGUGCCGGGUGCAGGCGCUGAGCUUCUGCAUGAAUGAGCGGCCGUGCGGUGCAGCGCUGGAGCAUCUCCUGGCUGCGGCCCCCACCGCUGCCACCGCCACCCCCCCGGCCCCCCGCCAGCCGCCCUUUGGGGUGAGCGAGCAGAAGGAGCCGUGGGGCGCAGGGGGGGCGAUCCCGCUGCAGGGAGGUGGUGGUUACCCCCUGGGGCUGCCCCACUGCCUCUACCGGACGCCCGGAAUGUUCUUCUUCGAGUGAUGGACUGACACCUCCCCCCCCACCCCACCCCCCCCGCACCAUGAGGGGCUCCGGCUGUGGAAUAAAACACAU